CAGGCUCUCUAACGGCUUCUAGUGUCGUUCUAAGGCACCCUGACCAGGAUACCUUUUCCUGGCGUGCCGUCCUUCCCUCUAUCUGCUCACUUCUGGUAACGCAGCUUCACCCUUACAUUGGUCAGGUAGCAUUGAUCCUUGCGGCUUCAUCCUAGCCUGUCUCUAGCUCCAGAGGACCAGCCGUUUCGGUUCAAGUCUCUCCGAUUCGUCAGGCGUAAGGACCUCUCGCGCCUUUCCUAUAAAGGAAUCCGUUUUGAGACCGAGUUUUAAGACCCGAGGGUAGUGAUACGCCGACCCAUGGCCAAGCCAGCUCCGCAGAAGAAAAGUACAGCUGCCGCUGCACCUGCUGCCACGUCAGCAGCAGCGAGCGAGGCCGCAGCCCAGAAGCAACUUGCCGCUGAUCUGCAGCAGAAAUGGGAGCGGCGAAACGAUCCCGUUGAGAUUGACGACUCGGAGCAGCCGAAAUACGUGCGCAAGGGACCCGCGACGGGGAAGGAGCUAGCCGAAAACAAGAAGCUGUACCAGAAGGUGGCCAACAGCCGCAUGACUCAGUUCCUGCUGAAGUCCGAGGAGCUGGCGAGGCGGCAGCAGGAGGAGGAGAUCCGCAGGCACUCCGCGCCGCUGCACGCAGAGGACAAGGGACUCUGGAAGAAGAUGCCGCUCAUUCCUGCUCCCUUUGGCACCGGCAAGCUGGUGCGGCUGGGUCUUGCAGGCAACAAGGAGAAGGCGUCCAACGUGUUUCUCGAUUUCUUCAAGACCUUCCACUUCGGCCUGUGGGGCUACCAGCAGCGCCCCUACCCCGCGGAGAAGCCCUUCGACAUCCAGCAAGUCGUGGGCAGCAAGUUCCUCGAGAAGAGAUACCUCGACUUCACCCUGCGUGGCAGCACGUGGUACUACAAGGACAGGCUGGGGCGCACCCGAGGUCCCUGUGAGGUGAUCAACCUGCGCACAGCGUGGGCGGCGGGGAUCAUCGACGGCAACACCUUUGUGUGGGGCGACGACAUGGACGAGUUUGCACCGAUUGACGCAGUGUACGGGCUCAAGCAAGCGAUCGAUACUCCUGAUGUCCGCCUGGCCACAGCAGGAACAGCCAUGCUGCACCGCAUCGGGCGGGGCAUGAACCCUCUCAAAGUCAAAAAGGGCUUUGAGGGGGCAAAGAGAUCCCUCGAGGAGCGGCAGGAGGAGGCAGUGGCGGAGAAGGAGGUUGAGCGCACCGUGCUGCGCAACCACGGGGGCGCGUGGCCGGGCAACCAGGCACCCGCGCACGCGCUCUUCCUGUGGGCCAGUGGUGGAGAGCUCACUAAAGUGCUCGACCAGAAGCCCAAGAGGUUUCCCAGCAAGUUCAUCUCCUACGAGCAGAGGAAGAAGCUGGCGCAGCGCAUCCCUGGCCUGCGCCCGUGGGAGGUGCUGGAGGUGGAGCAGCUCUUCAACUUCCUCACCUUCCGCGACGACUUCUGGCGCAGCAAGCUUGGCACCUUUGCCACUCCCCCCGAGAAUUCCGAGGCUUAUGAUGAGGAGAUGAUGGAGGAAUGGGGAGAGAUUAAGGAUGCCCUAUCAGGGGCUUUUCCUGAGCUGACCAGGUGAUGAUGCAUGCAUGCUAUCUGAUGGACAACCUCUGUAUUUGGGCCUUGGAAGGUACUAAAACUAGUCAUACAGGGGUUGAUCAGUGCCCAUACGUGUUUUUCCUUGAUAUAAUGGUAUUACUGUGGAAUCAUGGUUGGUUUUUCUUUAUUCAACAAGGCUGUUUUUGGGAAGGUGGACUAGCAAGGUGCAUAACACAUGAUUGGCGCCAUUUGUAUUCUUGCUGUGGAAGUAAUUCUCUAAU